UUGGUACAUUCUACAGAAUAACCCAUUUGGGUUCAUGGAAUCUUUGGGCUAUAAACUAGAUGCAUGUAGCUAGAAUAUUACUCAUAUGGUGCACUCCAUUAUUGGGCUUUGUGUGUAGUGGUGGAAACUCUUAUUAUUACUAGUUUGAACCCAAAAAAAGAAAAGAAGAGGAAAAAAAUAGAGCACCCACUUGUUUUUUUUUACAAGUUUUAUAAUUAAUCUCCUAUUGGGUGGUUGCUUUUCCUGUUCUUGCUGUUUCCUAGCUGAAAAAAAAAGUGACCAUUUUCAGGGAAACUCAAGAGCAUCUUGUGGGUUGUGUACUUGGUUUGAAAUGAGAGCAUGAUAGGGAGAAUUGGUUGUGACUAAAAAAGGAGGAGGGAUUUUGAGGUUCUAAUUCUUAGAUCAUUUUUUGAAUCAAAUGGCAAUUACGCUUCAUCGAGUUACAUCCCCCGCCGUUGGAUUCUCCGAGCUCCGCGACGGCGAUGUUCACCGAACUUUCGGGAGGAUAUUCACCUCAAAGUACGAUAGGAAGAUACCGAGGAGAAAACGCGGGUCGAAUUCGUGCUCACUGCAUGCCGAUUCGAAGUAUGCUUGCGUCGGGAUCGAGCCCGCGAACACCGCGAACUUCCCGAUCUUGUCGAGCUUAGUAGCCAAUCCGGCAGGAGAGGUCGCGGUGAAGAAGGUGUAUGAUGUGGUGCUCAAACAGGCGGCGCUGGUGAAGCGGCAGUUGCGGUCGAAUGCCGACGUGAAGCCCGACUUGGCUUUUCCGCGGACCGACAGCUUGUUGAAGGAAGCGUAUGAUCGGUGCCGAGAAGUUUGCGAAGAGUAUGCUAAGACCUUCUACUUGGGGACACUUCUCAUGACACCUGAAAGAAGAAGGGCAAUAUGGGCAAUAUAUGUGUGGUGCAGGAGAACAGAUGAGCUCGUAGACGGGCCGAACGCGUCUCACAUUACGCCGUCAGCGUUGGAUCGAUGGGAGAAAAGGUUGGAGGAUUUGUUCGCCGGCCGUCCGUAUGAUAUGCUUGACGCCGCGCUCUCGGAUACUGUUUCAAAGUUCCCUGUUGACAUUCAGCCAUUUAAGGACAUGAUCGAGGGGAUGCGAAUGGAUCUCAAGAAGUCGAGAUACGAAAACUUCGAUGAGCUCUACCUCUACUGCUAUUAUGUGGCGGGGACCGUCGGGCUAAUGAGCGUUCCGGUGAUGGGCAUAGCCCCAGAGUCGAAGGCGACGACCGAGAGCGUUUACAAUUCCGCUCUGGCUCUAGGAAUCGCGAACCAGCUCACCAACAUUCUUAGAGACGUUGGCGAAGACGCAAGAAGAGGGAGGAUCUAUCUGCCCCAAGACGAGCUCGCGCAGGCCGGGCUUUCAGAGGAGGACAUCUUCAGAGGGAAGGUGACCGGUAAAUGGCGGAAUUUCAUGAAAAGCCAAAUCAAGAGAGCCAGGAUGUUCUUCCAAGAAGCAGAGAAAGGCGUGACCGAGCUCAGCCAAGCUAGUCGGUGGCCGGUGUGGGCUUCUCUGCUGCUGUAUCGACAAAUCCUCGAUGAGAUCGAGGCCAACGACUACGACAACUUCGCAAAGAGGGCUUAUGUUAGCAAGGCAAAGAAGCUUCUGGCACUUCCUGUGGCUUAUGGCAGAUCACUGAUAAGUCCUACUCCUCGAAAGCAGUCGCGCCACGCAAAAGUAUAAUUCUGUGUACAGCUUGCCGCAUAAACUUUCAUAUCAUAAAGAACAGAUAGCACAGAUAGAAGUCUUAGUGUGAAUUGAAUUUGCUGGAUUAGAGAAAAGGAGGUACAUGUGUCGAUCUCCGAGUGGAGAAACCUUCUUAUGAAUGUUUCAUAGCUAUGUAAAGUAAUAGAAUUAAAGGGAAUUAAGAAUGUAUACACAAUUCAAUCUAGAGGAAGAUGCUCUUCCCUCAUAUUAUUAGCAUAUUUUUAUGUGACAAAGCACAAAUUUGCUGUAUCAAUGCUGAGUAAGCCUUUUGAUUUUGAUGGUCUA